AUGGCUGCCCCUAGAUUGCCAUUUCUAUGGCCUAUGCUGUUCCAGCCGACGAAAUCGCCACGAGUACGCGCUUCCAUAGCAAAGGAGAAUGCGUCCCGCACGCGACGAGCACGUCGUCAUCUCACAACCUCGUCCCGCCGGUCGGAGCAAUCGAUUACGCAACGGUACGGAAAGGCAUAUGAACACGCAGCCCCUGCAUUAGAUCAACAGCCGCCAAAAGAGCCACAACAAAAGGACUCUGCAACCACCGAGAAACCCCCGCAAGACCCCAUCCACGAACAAGAAGAAAUAGAGGAAGAUGCGCCAACAGCAACGACCAGUCCAUCCACGCCCAGCAAGACCAAUCCAACUGAGGAAAUCGAGCCGCCCCAAACCCCCGCACCUGAUCCUCCAAAGACGGGCGAGUUGAAACCCCUCGACAGUGUCCUCCACAUUCCCACCGCCGCGGAAGAAGAGUCCCAUAAGGCACCGCACCUGAAAACACCACCAUACGUCCACCACUUUGACACCUACGGUCUCGUACGCAAACUCUCGCAAUCCUCCUAUACCCCCGAACAAUCCAUCACUAUAAUGAAAGCUGUGCGACAGACUCUCAUGGACAACAUGGCAUUGGCGCGCGAAGGUCUUGUCAGCAAGAGUAACGUGGAGAAUGACACAUAUCUCUUCCGGGCAGCGUGCAGUGAAUUAAAAACAGAGAUUGGGAAUGCGAAGAAGGGAGAGAUGGAGAGGAUGCGUACGGAAAGGGGGCAAUUGCAACAUGAGGUUGAUAUUCUAGGGCAGAGGUUGGGACAGGAGACGGUCGGGCUUCGGGACGAGCUUAAGGGGCUUUUCGAUGACAGGAAGAUGGCUGUCAGACAGGAACAGAGAGUUAUGGAAACAAAGAUCCAAGAACUCAACUACAAAAUCACAGUCGCACUCAAUUCUGACGCGCGCUCCGAGGUUGAAGGUCUCCGUUGGGUGCUUACCCGCCGUGCUGCCAUUACAGUCGGCGUGAGUGCGUUUAUGCUCUUCGUUGCGCUGCGGUACACGAGCUAUGUGCAACAUCAGUUGCAGGAGGAGAAGAGGAGGAACCCGCCGCCACAUCGACCGAGCCCGUUGGAGGAUUUGGCGGACAACACGACAACGGCGAGUAGACCGGUUGUGGAUAUUGCGAGUCCUAACCAGCAGGAUGCGCUUGGUGGGGAGUUGCUAGCUACGGAGGGUGUUUCGUUAGGCUAA